AGUGUGAUUAUUUUAGCCGCAAAUUCACAUAUUUGAUCACUUGACAAAGAAAAAAAAAAACAACAACUGCCAAAUCAGGCGAACCCACUUCCCUCCUCCUCCAAAUUGUCUGUCUUUGUAGUACCACCAGGCAACAGUGAGUGCAUCACUGGAAACGUUGGAAGUGCGCAGGAGCCGCGCAGGGAAAUCGAAGGGAAAGCAGGAUCCGAGCAGCCAAAAGAGCAUCUGGUGGAUCUCCGUCGCUGAAACCAUGACAAUCCAGUCGACAUUUCUCUAAGAGAGGGGGAGAAGGUGCCCGAAAAGAGCCUGGCGGAUAGCGUCGAUGCGCGCAGCCAAAAAUGACGACAGUGGGACAGUGAUUUUCUUCCUCCAGCUCGUCAUUUUUUACAGUCAUAUGCUUGGAUGCAAUUCGUCUCUUAUGUGCGCUGAUCACAAAGGAAGGACUGGAAACCGAAUAAUCUCCAACGCAGCCGCAAGUGCGCACAGAGACGCUUCAUCCUGGACAUCGUUUCCAACCACUAAUUUCGCAGAGAUUUUGAUGUUUUAUGGGGGUACUUGAGGGAUUUUGAACUUUCGCAUGAAAACUUACUCCGUGAGUACAGUUUUGAACGGGUCGAUAUAGCCCCAACCUUCACGGGCGAUGAGUAAUCCACGACGCAGCAACUGAUAAACCUGUAAAAACCUGGACUGCGACUGGCGCGUUUGGAUACCUUAUCCUGUGCGUCGCUUAGUCUUUUUUUUCAUAUGGCUUUUAUCUUCGGGGUUUGUAAACUCAUCUUACAUUAUUGAUAUUUCAUGGCUGUAGAGUGUAGCAACAGUGUGUGGCGAAAGAGGACGGUGCAAGACUAACUAGGGCGAAGACAGCGCACUUUUCUCGCCUUAUUUCCAAACAGGAGACAUUGCGCACGGGCAUUAAGGACUGCAGCAACUACAAGCGAGACUUUUUUUUUAAAAAAAACCAUUGAAUCCUUUGUUAUUUCUUUCGCUGCUGUCAUCGUAGUAUGUCUGCACUUCGAAAGAAAUUUGGGGACGAUUAUCAGGUAGUGACCACCUCAUCUAGCGGGUCUGGAUUCAAUCAGCCUCCCCCAGAGAAAAAGAAGAAGAGGCAGCGGUUCGUGGACAAGAACGGGCGAUGUAACGUCCAGCAUGGGAACCUGGGUGGUGAAACCAGCAGAUACCUCUCAGACUUAUUCACAACACUAGUAGAUUUGAAAUGGCGCUGGAAUCUAUUUAUUUUCAUCCUCACCUACACAGUCGCUUGGCUUUUCAUGGCCUCUAUGUGGUGGUUCAUCGCUUACAUCAGAGGAGACCUCAACAAAGCGCACAAUGACAAGUACACUCCAUGUGUGGCCAAUGUCUACAACUUUCCAUCAGCCUUCCUCUUCUUCAUAGAGACCGAGGCCACUAUAGGAUAUGGUUAUAGAUAUAUCACAGACAAAUGCCCCGAGGGGAUCAUUCUCUUUCUUUUCCAGUCGAUCCUCGGAUCGAUCGUCGAUGCCUUUUUGAUCGGCUGCAUGUUUAUCAAGAUGUCUCAGCCUAAAAAAAGGGCCGAGACACUGAUGUUCAGUGAACAUGCGGCGAUUUCUAUGCGAGAUGGGAAACUAACUCUCAUGUUCAGGGUCGGCAACCUGCGUAACAGCCAUAUGGUCUCUGCACAGAUCCGCUGCAAAUUGCUGAAAUCUCGGCAGACGCCCGAAGGUGAGUUUCUUCCGCUGGAUCAAUUGGAGUUGGACGUAGGUUUCAGCACCGGGGCAGACCAGCUCUUUCUCGUCUCACCACUCACGAUCUGCCAUGUGAUUGACACCAAAAGCCCCUUCUACGACCUCUCCCAGAGGUCCAUGCAAACAGAGCAGUUUGAAAUUGUGGUGAUACUAGAAGGAAUAGUAGAGACCACAGGGAUGACCUGCCAAGCGAGGACGUCUUACACUGAGGACGAGGUUCUGUGGGGACACCGCUUCUUUCCGGUAAUCUCCUUAGAGGAAGGCUUCUUCAAGGUGGACUACUCUCAGUUCCACGCCACAUUUGAGGUGCCCACCCCUCCAUACAGCGUGAAGGAACAAGAGGAGGCUCUGCUCCUCUCCUCACCACUCAUGGCUCCGUCCCUGUGCAACAGCGGGGAGAAGAACAGCUCUCUGGACUGUCUGGAGACCCUGGAGGACAAUGACAGCACCACCAAGCUGCCCACCAAGCUCCAGAAAAUCACAGGGCGGGACGGUCUGCCCAAGAAGCUACUGAGGAUGAGCUCCACCACCUCAGAGAUGACUUACAGCUUUGGAGACCUGCCCAUGAAGCUGCAACGAAUCAGCUCUGUUCCCGGCGUCUCUGAUGAUAAGCAGGCUGGUAAGGCCUCCAAGAUCAGCACAGAGCCCAUCAGUAAGUCAGUGGCGGACUUACCUCCCAAGCUGCAGCGACUGGCUGGGGGAGGAGGAGGCAGGAUGGACGGACACCUGCCACCCAAACUCAGAAAGAUGAAUUCAGAUCGCUUUACAUAAAGCAGGCAACAUAUUUUAACUUAUGCCAUCCACCUUUAUUUCCUUACCUGAAGUCCUUGUACUAUUCCUAAUUUAUUAAUGGACAAUAUUCUUAUAUUAAAAGAAAUGUAGAAUAUGUGCACAAAUACCUUAUAUGAAGUAGGGUGAUGGAAUUGAGCACAUUUUGUCCCUGGAUGUAAGUGUACAUGCUAUGAUGAAAGACCUCUGAUAUUUUUUUUUUUUUUUUUUUUUUUUUAGGAUGAUGUACAAUUAGCACAAUCUGGCAUGUAAGAAACAGCGCAUGUAGACAGAAUCUCAAUAAUUUCUGGCAUGACAUUUAUGGAUAUAUUAUUUUACAAAAACAAUUUCAUUAGUGAAUUUACUGACAGUGGAAAAAUUGCACAAAGCCAUAUGAUUUACGACGUGGAAAACCUACAUUACAUGAUUCUAAUUUGUGGUGACAAAAGGCACAUACAUUUGUUUUGAGUUGAUUGCUUUUGUUGUUUAAUGUAAAAUUGUGGCAAUGUUAUGUUGAUUGCAUGCUCCUCUUAUUGACUUAGCUAUACAAAGGUAAUAGACAAAGAUGUUUAGCCUUAACUAUAUUACCUUGUUUCCAUUUUCAUGUUUGUUCACAGUAUUUUUGGUAUUUCAUAUAUAGACUAUUUUACCAUGUGCGAUUUUAUGACUUUAUUAGUUGAUCAAAUACAGAAUAUUUUGCUAAAUGAUGCAUUUUACAUUUGAAAAUGCAUCAUCUGCAUCAUAUGACCCGUCUGAACUGGGCACAAUGCUACGCAAUUUUCACUUGCUUAUUAAAGUAACACUUAAGUUGAAAGGGUCAAUACUUGUACUCGAUAAGCACAAAGCAAUCAUUAUAUACAACUCUGUGAUAUUAGAAGGCAUUUAUGGGCAUUUUGUCAUAAAUAAACUGCUUAGGGCAGUAGAGCAGUACUGUGCAAUCACUUUGUUUCAUUAUAUAAAAAAAAUCAACUUAAUCUACAGUAGGCCUGUGUGGGCACACAAGACACUCCAUUAGAAUUUCAACUUAGGUGUUACUGGUUAGAUUUAGAGGUGGGCCUGUAAGGAAAUCAUAACCUUUAUCUUAAGGGCCCAUAUUCUCCCUCCUCUGUGAUGAAAGCAAUAAUAUUAUAAUGACUAUAAUCUUUACAUAGCCACAGGGUCUACCACAGCCACAUAUUCAUUCUGUUUACUGAAUCCAUGCCAUGAAAUCUGGUUUCCUCUAAAUGCAUCAAAAACAUUGUAUGAUACCUAAUCUCUUCAGGAAUAAAGAUCUAACAUAACUGUUUAGCAUUCUGCUACUUUGACUAAAUGCAAUGCAUGCUUAAUCUGUUCAAAUUAAUAAAAUGUUAUGAAUAAUCUUAAUACAGGGGGUGGCCAAAAUGAUGGAAGACCAACACUCUCUCUGUAAAGAGCUGGCAUGGGCAUGUGUGGGUGCGUCUACCACUUAAGUCUGAUCAUAGCCCAAAGCCAAGAAUUUUCAAAUCACUGUGGACGUAACGAUUUUGACUGUUCACCUUAAGUAUAAUUCAGCAUUUUGUAAAAAAAUAGGCUUAUUUGCUCUCUUGUCGAGAGUUAGAUGAGAAGAUCAACACCACUCUCACCUCUGUACGCUAAAUAUGAAGCUACAUCCAGCAACCAGUUAGCUUAGAUUAGCAUUAAGACUAGAGACAGGCAGAACCCGCUCUCCUGGCUUAUAACUUGUUUGUUUAAUCCGUACAGAAAAUGAUGUGAGGUGUAAAACCAACACAUAAACCCCGCAUUUUUGGACAAAUUAAACAAACAAGAUGUGUUAAUUAGUAAGUUUUACAGGUGCUGGUAGGUGGAUUUUUUUUUACCUUUAAACAGAGCCGGUCUAGUGUUUCUAGCUAGCUGUUUCUGCCUGCUUACUGUGUUUAAGCUAAGCUAAGCUAACUGGCUGCUCUCCUCCUCUAACUCUGGGCCAGAAAGUGAAUAAUGCCUCUACAUACAACAGACAAUUCAUACAACAAUUUCAGUGGCCCCUUACUAACAACGUAAAUGUCUCCGAGGCACAUGCACAUGGAGAUAGAAGGCCCUGGUAAACAUGACGUGCUGGGAUGAUCCCUCCACACUUUUCUGCUGAUUGAUACUGAGCAUGUGCCCUCGCAGAUAACUGGACCAAAACCCUGUCAAAAAUCUCAGGGGCAGAGAUGCAAACGAUUGUAUCUUUUUAGACUCAGUAUUGAAUUCUACAGACCUUUUUUUUUUUCCAAAGCACGAAAGAUACAACAUUCACAGUGGAUCACUCAUGCUAUUUUUGUACGUUUAUCUUGCCUUAUUGACAACACACGCAGGGCUGCAAAUUGAUGUGAUCUAUUUCUAAAUCUGGACCAAAACUGUGUCAGAUAAAGGAUCCCGCAUCGACAUGGAGCCAGUGUCACUGUGAGAAGUCUUUUCUUCUGGCGCUUUCAUUGUUUUGAUCAUACCCUGUGUAAUCACCGCUGUUGUUCAUAUUUCACAGUACACUCUUUGUCGCUGUCAAAUACGCUGUGUAAAUAAUAACUGCAUUUCAAGAGGUACCUUUAAGGCCUUGUGGAGAUAAAGUCAGUGCCAUGGCUGUAGGUAUCACAGGCAGCUGGGUUAAUUCUGUCUUUAUCCUGAGAUAACCCUUUCUUCUGAAUCUCUCGAAUAAACUCAUGGGAUGGAUCAGAAUAUCAAAAGUGCUGAUGGCAUUAUCCUCUGACUCGUUGCAGACGGGGGCGCAAAUCCCUUUAGGCCACCUUAAAUCAGCACUUGCUCUACCAGAAAACACUCACCCUUUAUCACAAAGGAGAUCUUUACUUUAGAUGUCACUUUGUUUUUUUUUUUUUCUUUUGUCACAGGAGGAGUGGAGUCUCUCCAGCAGAGCCAUUAAUGCCUCUCCACAAAAAUAGCAUUUCAAUACUGAAAUAAUUGACACAAGUGUAUUUGAAAUACAGUAGGAGGGAAGAUUGUGGUAGGAGGCCAUUAGAAAGGGGUUAUUCAGAGUUUAAAAUCUUGUUAGCACUCCAGAAAAAAAUAAAUUGUUCAGAGAUGUUUUGAUAAUUUCCAUUAUCAGGUUACUUGAAUAAUAUUUAACACUAACUCAGCCUCUGGCUAAGAAAACAGCUGGCAACACAAGAUAAAUGAAACACAAUUUUGCAACGUAAUGGGAGCAUUUUCUAUUCCCUUCUAUUGGAUCCAAAUGGUUUCAUCUAAAAAGUCCCAAAUUAAAUCAAUUUACGUCCUGAGGAACAGUUUCCCUGGUGAGAAAUUUGCAAAUAUAAUUCCAUUUUUUUUUGUUACAAUAGACAAGGACAGUGAAACUUCACCGAUCAUUCAAAGUUAGUUACAUAUGGCAUGCUGACUGGUUGUUUGAAGACUUUUCUCACUUCUACAUCAUUAUGUGUCAGCGUGAAAAUGGGAUGAUACAUGACGCAUCACAUAUGAUGAAUCGUGCAACAUAAGACUGAACUGUUGGUGGUUUUGCAUUUUCUUGCAACAUAUAAACCUGUUUUAUAAAGUAAUUUUAAAAAGGAAGGAACAUGCCUUCAUUCAAGGGAAGGGUGUGCAAUAAAAUCCAAUUCCAAGUGCUCAAGUGGGGACAAAAAGCCUUAAUACAGCAACUGAGAGUUGGUGUACAGUAUUUUUAGCUGUGUGACCUGACAGCCAGUCAGACGGAACACCACUUUGGUCCAAUUUGAAAUAUCUUGACAACUUUUUAAUGGAUUGCCAUGACAUUUGGUACAAAUGUCCAUGGUGGCCAGAGGAUAUCUUAGCAUGUACUGGAUGUAAAGAAACCUUAAAGGGGACAUAUUAUACUUGAUUUUCUUUUACUUAUAUACGGUUAUGAUGUUGG